CCUCCUUUUCACUCCACCAAAGCGAAACCGACCUUUCCCCCUCCUCUCCUCCCCACCUCGCCGAGAUCUAGCCCUAGGGUUGCUUAACCCGGCGGCGAAGCCCCGCGGCGAGCUUGGACUCUCACGUACCACAGGCGGCGAGCGAGAGGGAGGACGGACGGACAAGGGAAGCCAUGGGGCAGCAGUCGCUGAUCUACGCGUUCGUGGCCCGCGGCACGGUCGUCCUGGCCGAGUACACGGAGUUCACCGGCAACUUCACCACCAUCGCCUCCCAGUGCCUCGCCAAGCUCCCCUCCAGCAACAACAAGUUCACCUACAACUGCGACGGCCACACGUUCAACUACCUCGUCGAGGACGGCUUCACAUACUGUGUAGUUGCCGUUGAAUCAGUAGGGCAACAAAUGCCCAUUGCUUUCUUGGUUAGGAUAAAGGAUGAUUUCAGCAAAAGAUAUGGUGGUGGGAAAGCAGCUACUGCUGCAGCAAGCAGCCUCAACAGAGAGUUUGGAUCAAAACUUAAAGAGCACAUGCAGUAUUGUGUGGACCACCCAGAAGAGAUAAAUAAGCUUGCUAAAGUGCAAGCACAAGUUUCAGAAGUCAAAAACGUUAUGAUGGAAAACAUCGAGAAGGUUCUUGAUCGUGGAGAAAAGAUUGAACUGCUUGUUGACAAGACAGAGAAUCUACGCUCACAGGCUCAAGAUUUCAGGCAGCAAGGAACGCAGGUAAGGAGAAAGAUGUGGCUACAAAACAUGAAGAUCAAGCUGAUUGUUCUCGGCAUAAUUGUUGCACUCAUUCUCAUCAUAAUCCUGUCCGUGUGCCAUGGAUUCAAGUGCAAGUAAGGGCGGCCUGGUCGAGAUACAUUCAGCAGUCCCUAUAUUACCUGCUGCUUCUGCUUGGAGCAAAAACCAUAUGGUGUUCUGUUCUUUCUCUAGUGUGCUCUGGCCCGGUUCGUGGUGCCUGGGGGGUGUUUACGUCGUCAGUGUUGGGCUGUUUGCUUAAUGUUUGGAUGGUGGCUGGGUCAGCGGGGUCGUGUAUUUUUGGACGCUAUGUAUGUAUAGCUUGGAUCUUAACCCUUUCUAUUAUAUGAGUAGAGAUUUACUUAAGUGCCCA